AUGGUCCUUAGGUGCCGUGCUCCAAUUGCUCGUCCUACAGUCAAAAAAGAGAAGUGCGCGUGGCCCGUAAGAAUGUCGGCAGAUGGUUGGCGACUUCCAAGCCAACGGCAGGAUUUGCCGGGAAUUCGCCAAUUGGGACCAUCAGGCGUCGGCUAUGGGACCAUUUCAAGAAGUAGAUGCUAUUCCACCUCGUCGAUCUCAUAUUUCGAGAAGAACGUGACUUGUUUCAUCGACGGUGACCAGAUUCUGAAAUAUACCGGCUGA